AUGGCUUCCACCCAAUUUUCCGGAAUUCGACCGUUAGAUGCUAUCUUUACCGUUUCUAGCGCUACGUUAUUUGCUUCCUCUCUUGCGCUACAGAAAACAAUUUUGAAAAAGCCACGCUUCUUUACUUCCAAUCAUAUUAUGGACCGUUUAUUUCGUCCAACUUUGUUUGCUUGGAAAAUUCUCUCAACUACCUCGAUUUUAACAGCUUCUGUGUCUGUAUCUUCGUUUUGUAUUUUAAUGGCAGCAACGGGUUACCAUACGCCUAGAGAACUUGGAGGAUUUCUGCGCGAUCAAUUGUCAUUCGCAAGAGCGAAGUCGAUUCCAAAUGACAUAGAUGCUCCUAGUUGGGAUGAAGUUCAUGUCAAAUUAGAAACGGAAAACAAUAUGUAA